CCUUCCUUGCUGGAGGACUGCCCUGCCUCCCCCCACACACACCCAUGGUUCAUUGCCCACCAAGGUCCCUGCCUGCCCCAGCAUCCCAUCCCCUGCGCAGUGAAGCCGGUGCCCCAGGAGCCUGGCCACCAUGCCACCUCCUCUCCUCCUCUUCUUUCUCCUCUUCCUCGCCCUCUCAGGAACCAGGCCUCAGAAACCAGUGUCGGUGGAGGUGGAAGAGGGAUACGAGGCUGUGCUGCCCUGUCUCCAGAAUUCCUCAGACACCCCCUCUGAGCAGCUGGCCUGGUAUCGGGGGAACGAGUCUACACCCUUCUUAGAGCUGAGCUUGGGGUUACCAGGCCUGGGCAUCCGAGUAGGGCCCAUGGGCACCCUGCUUCUCGUCUCCAACAUCUCGGAGCAGAUGGGUGGCAUCUACCUGUGCAAGGCAGGCCCUCGCUCCCAGGAUGCCUGGCAGCCUGGCGGGGCAGUGAGCGUGAAGGGCAGCGGGGAGCUGUUCCGUUGGAAUGCUUCAGACUUAGGUGACUUGAACUGUGGACUAAAGAACCGGUCCUCAGGGGACACCAGGCUCUCUUCUGAUUCGCCCAUCAGCCCCUUGCUGUAUGUGUGGACUGAGGACCAAGCCAAGGUCCAGAGGACAGAGCUUGUGUGUGACCCACCAAGGGGCCCACAGAACCAGAGCUCUAGCCAAGACCUCAGUGUGGCCCCUGGCUCUACGCUCUGGCUGUCCUGUGGAGUAUCCCCUGCUCCUGUAGCCAGAAGCUCUAUCUCCUGGACCCUUGUGCGCCCGGAGAAGUCUAACAUCCCAUUGCUGAGCCUAAGCCUAGGGGAACAUCUCCCAGCCAGAGAGCUAGGGCUCCAGGGGUCUCUUCUUUCACUACCUCAGGUCACAGCUAAAGACGCUGGUACUUACUAUUGUCUCCGUGGCAGCCUGACCAGGCAGAUGCACGUGAAGGUCACAGCCCGGCCAGUAGUAUGGCGCUGGCUGCUGAAGUCGGGUGGCUGGAUAAUCCCAGUUGUGACUUUGGUUUAUCUUAUCAUCUGCCUGGGUUCUCUGGUGGCUUUUCUUCAUCUUCGAAGAGUCCUGAUCCGGAGUAGGAAGAGAAAACGAAUGACUGAUCCCACUAGGAGAUUCUACAAAGUGACACCUCCCCCGGGAAACGGGACUCAGAAUCAGUAUGGGAACGUGCUCUCCCUUCCCACUCCAGGUGCUGGCGCCGGACGUGUCCAGCGUUGGGCUGCAGGUCUGGGGGGCACCACCAGGUCUUUUGGAAACCUCAGCAGCGACACGCAGGAGGCUGGAACCAGGGGGUCCCGAAACCCUCCUAAAGCGGGACUAGAAGAAGAGGAAGGGGAAGCCUACGAGGAACCAGAUAGUGAGGAGGCCUAUGAAAACGACUCCAACCUCGGGGGACAGGACCAGCGCUGCCAGGAUGGCAGCGGCUAUGAGAACCCUGAAGGCAAGUCCUUAGGUCCUGAGGAUGAGGACUCCUUCUCCAAUGCAGAUUCUUACCAGAAUGCAGAUGAAGAGCUGGUCCAGCCAGUUACCAGGACAACAGACCUGCUGAGCCCCCAUGCUGCCUGGAACCCCAGCCGAGAUGCAACCUCCCUUGGGUCACAGUCCUACGAGGACAUGAGAGGGAUCCUGUACACAGCCCCCCAGCUCUACUCAAUUCGGCCUGGUCCCAAUCAUGAGGAAGAUGCAGAUUCUUAUGAGAACAUGGAUAAUCCUGAUGAACCAGAACCAGUGUGGGGAGGAGGGCGUCACAUGGGGGCCUGGAGUACCAGGUGACCCCCACCCCAGAUGAACAGCCUGGGCUUCCUCAUUUCUUAAGAUUCGUACCUGACUCUGAAAUCCCGUGAGCCUCAGCUGAUGGUGUCAACGUCUGAGCCUCAGUGCUUCUGUGUGUGUGUGCUCAGCAAGUGGAACAUCCUUCCCACCUCUCUUGCUUUCCCCAAAUAAAUCCAAUGAGAUCCUCUAAA